GGGUGCUUGGUGUCUGGGGAGCUGGCUGCUUCUUCCCUAGCUGCCCUGACUGUUUCAGGGAAUUCCAGAGAGAGUGCUAGCGGCGGAGGGGCAGAGGGAGGGACAGAAUCCAAUGCAGGCUGCAACCCUGAGCCAAGCCAAUACAGCGCUGGAUCCCAGACCCUGGGACGAUCUGAGUGAAAAUCGAGAGUCUGAUGCUCAACCGUCUGAGCCACCCACGCCCCCGAUAAGUUUCUGGAGCCUGGGAACUCCCAAGACCAAGGUGUCAGCAGAUUCAGUAUCCUUGAUGUGCCUGCCUUCUCACUGGGUCCUAACUUGGUAGAGAGAGAGAGCUGUGGUGUGUUCCUCUAAGAAUUACUCCAGUCCCUUCAUCGGGGACCUCCUCUCAAGACCUCAUCUAAACCUAAUUACCUCUCAAAACGCCCCACCUCCAGGUACCAUCACAUGGGGAAUUAGGGCUUUGACAUACGGACUUGGGUGAGGCUGGAGGGGACACUGCCAUCCGGUCCAUAACAGUGACUGUACUGAAAACAGCAGGAUCUAUUCUGAGGAUUAGUUAAGUGAAUGUUCUUAAGUUUCCAAGCAGAGAGUCCUAUUAUUAAACUUUGAAUUUGUCUUCCUUAUUUUUUGGACUCCAGGUGUAAGGAGGUGAGUUAUGUCUACUUUUGUUUGUGAUACAAUAUCAUUUUUCCGUGAAAUACAUUUAAGUACAAACAAAAUUUUGGUAAGAAUUCAGUCUUUACCAAUAUGUUUAAAUAUACGAUUUAUGAAAUGCUGGGGUGUCAUUUGUGGUGAUGACUAAUAUACGACAAUAUUCCAGUUACAACUUUACUACAAUGUCAGAUUGAACAAAUAUAUUCCCUCAUAAAACAAAACCUCUGCCUUGUACAUUUUCUAAGUCGGGCACUUUUAGGUUUGGGGUUCAGGGAGGGAAUUAAAUAUCCCUAUGAAAAAGUUGGCAGUUAACUUAGAAAUAAUGAUUUUCAUUCCCUCGUAUGAAAAUAAAAAAGAAUAUUCCUAUCUUAUUGACGAGCAGCGGUAGCCAAAGCCUUGUCACUUCUGAUCCAAGCAGAAGUGAGAGCUCCCGCAAUUGUCUCAGGGCAUGUGGCGAGUUCUUGUAGGGGGAGCUGGGGGGUCGCAUGCAGGCACAUCAGGGAUUCAUGACCAGGGGGUCUGAGAAUUGUGGGUAAGACUGGAGUCUCUUGGCUUCUCUCCCCUUGCCCAGCUUUUCCUGCAUACGGUUUGCACUCUCUGUGAGUGGAAAUCCGGAGGAAGAGACGUGGUGGCCGAACCCUUGAUGAUGCAACUGCAGGUGGGUGGAUAUGCGAUCCUUCUCCUGAAUGAUGCCUCUGUUGCCUGUGGCUGGGAAGGCUUCUCUUGGCCCAAGUCUUCUAAGUGCAUCCAGGCAGUUUUCAAGGGUCUGGGUUCUAGUUCAUUGUUGCCAGGACGCGCGGAUACUUUUUGUUGGUCAGGGAUGGAUCAGGAAGAAGUCUCCUUUCCAGCAUUUACACCAGUGCAUCUCGCGCUCCUUAAGGAUGUCCUUGCAGAAAAGAAAUAUGCAGAGUUUUCCUUCCUCAUGCAGUGUAUGGGCUUGGUUGGGGGGUGAUUUACCCGUGGGCCAUGGUAGUGGCUGCAGUGACCUUGGCACGUGGUGACAGGUGCUAGAGAUGAGCAAGACCAGCAGUUUACGCUCCACUGAGGAGGCGGGCCUUUGAGCAGGUCAGCUCUGCAGUUUUCCAGAGAGUACAGGAAACUUUUGUGUGAGAGAGGAAAUCAGCCAUCAUUUCUUUUCCCCUCAGUUUUAAGCUUACUAAAGGUUUGGUAACAUACACUUGACUAAUCUGGAAACUUCCAAAGAUGACUAAAUCCUCUUUACUACCCUUAUCCCUUUUCACCCAUUUUCCCUCGUUAUAAUUAAACUUUUUAAAAUUGGAAAUCUGAAAACAGUGCCUAGGGAGUAUUUUUCAAAAAAUUAACUCUGUAUUUGGCAGAAUGUGGGUAAAACUAGAGUCAAAUUUAGAAUCCUGUUGCAAUUUUAGAAGGAUUGGAGAGGCUACAAGUAAUCGAGAGGAUUCUAUUGCCUUUCAACAGAAAAAACAGGAUUACCAUACGGACUGUUGAUGCAGUCAUCAUUGUUGUUAAGAAUGGAGAGCUCACUGCAGGAGAGAUCACUGUGGGGCCAUCCUUUGGACGAGCCAUCUCAGGAGCCCCUAACCGGACCGCAGGACCUGUCUGCCCUGAUACCUUAUAAAGAACAAGAAUCUGUGACCCUCAAAGAUAUAGCUGUAGACUUUACCCAGGAAGAGUGGGCCCUGAUGGACACAUCCCAGAGAACGCUGUACAGAGAUGUGAUGCUGGAGAACAUUAGUCAUCUGGUCUCUGUGGGGUGUCAUUUCUUCAGAUCAGAUGUGAUCUCCCCGUGGGAGCAAAGAGGGGAGCUCUGGAGGGAAGAAAGAGGACCUCCCCAAGGCUGGAGUCCAGGCAUGAAAAAAAGCCAUAACAAGCAAGAAAUAAUAUCUAUGCAAGAUAUCUACAUGAAGGACCCACCUAACUGCUGGACAAUACCGAAACGUCAUGCAGGAGAAGACCUCUCUGUAUAUAGUGGGUAUGAAGUUUUCAUUCACACCUACACAUUGACGCAACAUGUCUUAACUCACACUAGACAGAAACUCUAUAGAUGCAAUGAAUGUGGAAAACACUUCACCCGAAACGCCAACCUUCAUACUCACAAAAUAAGUCACACAGGAGAGAAUCCAUUUGCUUGUAAUCAGUGUGGGAGGCGCUUCAGGUAUUUUUCAUCUUUAACUAGACAUAAGCGAAUUCAUACUGGAGAGAAGCCUUAUGAAUGUCAUCUAUGUGGAAAAGCCUUUGUUCGUAGUUCCCUUAAACAACAUCAGAGAAUUCACACUGGAGAGAAACCAUACACAUGUCCUCUAUGCGGAAAAGGCUUCGUUACAAGGUCUAAUCUUCGAGAACAUGAGAGAACUCACAGUGGAGAGAAACCAUACAAAUGUCAUCUAUGUGGAAAAGCUUUUGUUCAAAGCUCUUGUCUUAGAAAACAUGAGAGAACUCAUACUGGAGAGAAACCAUAUAAAUGUCAUCUCUGUGGAAAAUCCUUUGUUCAAAGUUCUUGUCUUAGAAAACACGAGAAAACUCACACUGGAGAGAAACCAUAUAAAUGUCAUCAGUGUGGAAAAGCCUUUGUUACAAGCUCUGAUCUUGGAAAACACGAGAAAACUCACACUGGAGGGGAAUCAUAUACAGGUUAUCUGUUUGGAAAAUCUUUUGUUCAAAGCUCUUGUGUUAGAAAACACGAGGAAACUCAGCCUGGUGAGAAACCAUGUACGUGUCAUCAGUGUGGAGAAGCCUUUGUUACGAGCUCUGAUCUCAGAAAACAUGAGAAAACUCACACUGGAGGGGAAUCCUAUACAUGUCAUCUAUGUGGAAAAGCCUGUGUUGAAUGCUCUUGUCUUAGAAAACACGAGAAAACUCUCCCUGAUGAGAAACCAUAUACAUGUCAUCAGUGUGGAAAAGCAUUUGUUACAAGCUCUAAUCUUAGAAAACAUGAGAAAACUCACACUGGAGAGAAACCAUAUACAUGUCAUCUUUGUGGAAAAGCCUUUACUCAAAGCUCUAAUCUUCGGGAACAUGAGAGAACUCACACCGGUGAGAAACCAUAUAUAUGUCAUCUAUGUGGAAAAGCCUUUGUUCAAAGCUCUUGUCUUAGAAAACAUGAGAAAACUCACACUGGGGAGAAACCAUAUACAUGUCACCUAUGUGGAAAAGGCUUUGUUACAAGAUCGAAUCUUCGACAACACGAGAGAAUUCACACUGGAGAGAAACCGUAUAAAUGUCACCUGUGUGGGAAAGCCUUUCUUCAAAGCUGUAAUCUUCGAGAACAUGAGAGAACUCACAGUGGAGAAAAACCAUAUACAUGUCAUCUAUGUGGAAAAGACUUUGUUCAAAGCUCUUAUCUUCGAGAACAUGAGAGAACGCACACUGGUGAGGAACCAUAUACAUGUCAUCUAUGUGGAAAAGCAUUUGUUACAAGCUCUAAUCUUAGAAAACAUGAGAAAACUCACACUGGUGAGAAACCAUUUACAUGUCGUCUAUGUGGAAAAGGCUUCGUUAUAAGGUCCAGUCUUCGAGAACAUGAAAGAAUACACACUGGGGAGAAACCAUAUGCCUGUCAUCUAUGUGGAAAAGCCUUUCUUCAAAACUCUUACCUUCGAGAACAUGAGAGAACUCACACCGGCGAGAAACCAUAUAAAUGUCUUCUAUGUGGAAAAGCCUUUGUUCGACGGUCUUGUCUUAAAAGACACGAGAAAACUCACACUGGAGAGAAACCAUAUACAUGUCAUCAGUGUGGAAAAGCCUUUGUUACAAGCUCUCAUCUUAGAAAACACGAGAAAACUCACACUGGCAAGAAACCAUAUAUAUGUCAUCUAUGUGGAAAAGGCUUUGUGACAAGGUCCGAUCUUCUAGAACAUGAAAGAAUUCACAUUGGAGAGAAACCAUAUGCAUGUCAUCUAUGUGGAAAAGCAUUUGUUACAAGCUCUGAUCUGAGAGACCAUGAGGGAACUCACACUGCAGAGAAACCAUAUACAUGUCUUCUAUGUGGAAAAGCCUUUGUUACAAACUCUGAUCUUAGAGACCAUGAGGGAACUCACUCUAAUUCUAGUGAAUGAACAUGGAAGUGCCUUCAGCCACAGCGCUAAUGUGAAACCAACCAGAGGACUCAGGUGGGGGAAGUUCCAUGGUCAUAUUCAUUAUGGAAAUGCCUUCAUUUUUAACUUCUCCUUACACAACAUGAGUGAACUGCAUUUGGAGGAACCCUAUAUUUACAAUCAAAGGGGAAGAGACAUUAGCUGGCCUCUGGUCAUAGGGUGCACAAGAAAAUCCAGUGAAUAUCAGUCUAAUCUCCUUAAAUGGGAAAUGACACAAGAAAAUCUUUACAGGAAGAGGUCACUGUAGGAGAAUAACAAAAAUUAAUGCUGGAGAAGUUAUUCAUUGUUACAUGCAUGGAAAAAAACUUGACUAGUAGAAAAACCAUUGUAGGCAUGUGAAGUUUCACACUCUGUAUGAUAGUGAACGAAUGGCAGUCUAAAGUGAUUUUUAAUUCCUUAGUCAACAUGUAGUUUCUCACACUGUACAUAUAGCAUUGCUAAAAUCAGAUAAAAGGUUAGACUUUGCAUUAGAAAUCCCUGACUAGGAAAAACCUUUAUCAAGAAAGUCUUAACACACAAUUUAGAUAUUAAUUUAUAAUUUUGCCUAAUGGCCUAUUAUAAAAAUAUAAGAAAGGUAGGAUUGUGACAUCAUCUGGGAAUUCUAAAUUCAGAAUUUUGUAACUUUUUUUUUUUAGAAUAGUUCUUGGAACUGCAUAUGAAGCAAAGUUGUUGCUGAAAAAUCCAUUGUGUUGGUCAGGGCCUAUUUUUCAUGCAUCAAUAGUAGUUAUGAUGAUUGGAUUCAACUAGAAAGUGUCUUUGAAUAUUAACUGAAAAACAACACAAGAUGAUGCGUCAUGACUACAUAUUGUUAACCAUGUAUGUGGGUCGUAGUGAUGAACUAAAGAUUGUUACAUAGAUAACUUGUGACUGAAUUCUGUAUAAAUUUUCAUUUUAAAAUGCCAUUAUUGAGGGACAUCUGGGUGGCUCAGUCGGUUAAGCAUUCGACUUUGAUUCAGGUCAUGAUCUCACAGAUGAAUUUGAGCCCCACGUUUGGGCUCUGUGUUGACAGCUCAGAGCCUGGAGCCUACUUGAGAUUCUGUCUCAUUCUUUCUCUGCCCCUCCCCCACUGUCUCUCAAAAAUAAAUAAAUGUAAAGAUUAAAAAGAAUAAAAUGCCAUUAUUGAGACAAAGAAGGGUAUUACCUUACAAUAAGGGGUCCAUUCAACAAUAGGAUAUAGUGUGUAAAUAUUUAUUCACUCAACAUAGGAGCACCUACAUGUAUAAAACAAAUAUGAACAGAUGUUAAGGGAGAGAGAGUUAUGUAAUAGAAGGGGGGCGUUAAUACACCCUUCCAACAAUGGAUGAAACAUUCAGACAAAAUCAGAAAACAUCAACCGUAUGAUGUUAGAUGAGAUGGACUUCAGAGAGGUACACUGCACACACAUACUUCAUCCAAAAGCAGCAAAAAAACAUUCUUUGCAAGUGCCCAUGAGAUAUUCUCCAGAAUUGGUCAUAGUUACUGCCUGUUAGUACCAGUGCGUAUUUUCUUCCUAUUUUGUCCAAGCCAUGUAAUUGCCCCUCUUCCUCUCCUGAAAACCCCUUGCUUUCACCCCACAGAUGGGACACUUUUCUGGUUACUGCUGGAAUUGGUGCUCCCCAAACUGCAAUUCUUUAAUCCCAAAUAAACACUUACCUGCCUUUCAUUGUAGCUCGUUUUCAGGUUGGCAGAGGGGACAAGUAAUGUUUCUUUUCCUUUCUUGGCCAGGCACUAUCUGGGAGAGAUGACUUUGGAAGGAAGUCUUACUCUAUUCUGGUUCUCCCAGUUUUCAGGAUCCCACCCGCAGCUCCAGAGUGAGUGUGCUCACUCUGCCACUGCCUCAAAAGGUGCCACCAUAGACCACCAAACUAUUGAAGGAAAAUAAUUGUUAAAAUCUUUUAAUAUUUAUUUUUGAGGGAGGGAGAGAAUCCUAGCCGGCUCUGCCAUGUCCUCACAAAGCCCAUUUUGGGGCCUGUACCCAUUAACCAUGAGAUCAGGACCUGAGGCGAAUUCAGAUGCUCAAUGGACUGUGCCCACCCAGGUGCCCCGAAGAAAAAUAAUUUUCCUUUAACCCUUCUAGGUUCUUGGCUUUGAUGUCCCACCCCAGCUGGGGUGCCAGACAACACUAAACGGGAGGCUCUGAGCCCCUGCGCUGCUCCCGGCGGCCAGCAGGUGGCGCGCAAACCUGCCCUUUCUGGGGGGAGAGGGGCGCGUGAG